AUGGUGCGAGCUCCUGUGCCGGCGGCGCUUCUCGCCGGCGCCAGCGCCGUCCUCCUCCUCCUCUGCUCAUUCCAGGUCGCUUUCUCUCUCUCCAUCGGAGUCAACUAUGGUGCCCUCGCCGACAAUCUCCCACCGCCGGCGCAGGUGGCGGCGUUCCUCAAGGAGAACACCUUCAUCGACCGCGUGAAGCUCUUCGACGCCAAUCCCGUGUUCAUCCGAGCCUUCGCUGGCACCGGCGUCUCCAUGGUGGUCACCGUCGCCAACGGCGACAUCCCAGGCCUCGCCAAGCUGCCGGCGGCGCGCGACUGGAUCGCCGCCCACAUCGCGCCCUUCUACCCCGCCACCAACAUCUCCCUGCUCGCCGUCGGGAACGAGGUGCUGGCCACCUCCGACAAGAACCUCAUCGCCCAUCUCCUGCCGGCGAUGCGGUCCCUCACUGCCGCGCUAGCUCAGGCUGGCAUGGGGAAGAUCAGGGUGACGACCCCGCACUCGCUGGGCAUCCUCGCCGCCUCCGAGCCCCCUUCAACCGGCCGCUUCCGCAGGGGCUAUGACCGCGCGAUACUCGCACCAAUGCUGCAGUUCCACCGCCAGACGAAGACCCCAUUCAUGGUGAACCCUUACCCCUACUUCGGCUACACGGGGAGGACGCUGAACUACGCCAUCUUCAAGCCCAACGGGGGGGUCUUCGACUCCGCCACCGGUAUCAACUACACGAACAUGUUCGUGGCGCAGAUGGACGCGGUGUACUCGGGGAUGAAGCGGCUCGGUUACGGGGACGUGGAGAUCGCGGUGGGGGAGACCGGGUGGCCUUCCGUCGGGGAUGCCGAUCAGCCGGCGGUGUCUGUGGAGAACGCCGCCUCCUACAACGGGAACCUGAUCCGGGAGGUGAACUCCGGGAGGGGGACGCCGCUGAUGCCGGGGAGGAGAUUCGAGACGUACAUCUUCUCCCUGUUCAACGAGAACCAGAAGCCCGGGCCCACGGCGGAGCGCAACUUCGGCCUCUUCAGGGCGGACCUGACGCCGGUCUAUGACGUGGGGCUCACGCGGACGAGGGUACGCCGCUUCUCCUCUUUAAUGCCUGUUUUCUUCACCGUCAUUAAUUAAAGAAAUUGCACUGGCGAGGGGACCGUUGCGGCCCGGGAAGAGCGGUAGUGGCGGUGGGUGCGUGCCGAUUGUGCCGCCACUGUCGUCCCCACUCGCCUGAUAAAGGCGGGGAGCGGCUGACUGUGGAAUCACGUCGGCCGACUUGUAGUGCUGCCGCCUCUCCUCGUCGGCGGAUGCUUCUUGGGACCGACCACCUUUCGGUCUCCCUCCUCCUCUUUCUUUAUCCUGCCUGAUCUCUUCGUCUGCAUUCGUCUCCGGCGGGGUUGUGAUGCAGGCUGCCGCGGUGGCGGGGGGGAGGAGAUGGUGCCUGCCCAGCGGGGGGGCCAGCGAGGCGGCGCUGCAGGCGAACAUAGACUACGUCUGCAGCAGCGGGGUGGACUGCCGAUCGAUUCAGCAGGGGGGGGCGUGCUUCCUGCCCAACACUCUGCGCUCCCACGCGGCCUUCGCCAUGAACGCCUAUUACCAAUCCGCCGGCCGACACGACUUCAACUGCGACUUCGGCAAGACCGGCGUCGUCACCCUCUCCGACCCAAGUAAGCAAUCCUUCUCCAUAGCCGCUACUCUCUUCCUCUGACCCAACUUGCCGUCUUCCUCCUCCGCUGACCCAACUCGCCGUCUUCUUCUUCUCACAGGCUACGGGAGCUGCAAGUACCCCGCCUGA